AUGCUCCAUCUCCGCUGGUGUACAUCGGGGCAUCUUGAGAGAGCGAGAGCGAGGUGCAGCGGCUGUGGGCGGCCGCGAGUCUUUUGCUUUCGCUUUUGCUUUUGCUGGCGUGCUCGUCCGCAGCACCGCGCAAGCAUGUCUGGCCAGAUCCAGACCAAGCAGCGGCCCCGGUUGGAUCUGCGAGAGAUCCAGACCAGGUUCUCAAGUUUCAUGGCCAAGCAGCCGGUCGGCGUGGAAAUCGCGUUCGGCACCGUUGUUGGCGUGCUCCAGGGCGGAGCGCUGGGAUUCUUUUUGGGGCAGCUGACGAAAUCGUCGGCGCAGCAGAUGGCCGGCAGUGCCGGCAACGCGGGGAUGGCGGAAUUGAUGGGGCAGAUGGGGCAGGCCGGGGGUGUGUGGAGCCAGACGAGAGGCCUGGCGGCGUUGUGCGGAGCAAGCGGGGGGUUGAGCGUCGCGCUGAAGAAAUGGCGCAAAAAGGACGACAUUUGGAACCAGAUGGGGUCAGCUGCUGGAGGGGGAGCGGCCUUCACGAUUGCGAGUGGCAAUGCAGGCGUGGGGGCCAUUGUCAGUACGUCACUGAUGCUUGGAUUGUUCACUGGUGCUUUCUACAAGUUUGGAGAGAUGUUCAAAUCAGACCAUCAAGAAUCUGAAUUCGAAAGGGGCAUAUAUAUGCUGACUACACUGGGGCUAUCAAAAUACGCAAAAAACUUGAAGAGAGGGCAGCUGACGGACAGCACCAUCAUGCUUUGGAAUGACCUGGCGCUUCAAGAGGUGCGCAUUCCCCCAGGUCCUCGGUUGCUGAUCCUUCACCAUCUUAACCAGUUCAAGGCUGAGGGCAGAUCGAUCAAGAGGCAGUGGGCUACUGCAGAGGGAAGCACCAUCCAACCAGUUGCAAAACAGUGA